AAAGCAGCACGUCCACUAAAUUCCGAUUCCAUCCUCCAACGAAUCCCCUUCCCUCUUUCCCAUCAAUUCUAAAACUCAGCCAUGGCCAUUUCUGUCGCUGUGGCGGGAGGAGUUAUGAGCUCACUCCGCCACCUCCACUUCCCACUUGUCAAUUCCCACGUCUCACUCUCCCCUCCUCCUUCGGUGGCUGCUUCCUGUCCGCUAGUAUUCACCAACUCCACUAGCUACGGCUUCUUUUCUAAGCUUAAUUUGCACUCCGGCCGUCACUACCGCAACCAAAAUCAAACGCCGGUGGCCAAGGCUUCGUCUCAGGAAAAGGACAGCCUUAUUCCUUCCGACGACGCCGAAGACGGCGUCUUGCUCGGGACCAUGAAAUUGCCCUCGGAUACCGAUCUUCCCAGAUUCCAAAUCUUACUAUUCCAGUGGGCUAAUAGUCUGUGCCAAGGAGCUAACCUGCCUCUUGAUAUGCCUUUGAAGGUGGACAAAAUUGCAGGUGGGACUAGAUUGGGUUUUGUUACAAUUGGGAAUGCGGAGGUUGAGGUCCCUGUGUACAUAGACUGCUUGGUUUUUCCACCAAGUGACGGCUCCCGCCCAAUUUUCCGAGCCGUCAGAAACGGACGCUUGAAGGACAAGACACCUCCUGGUGAGCCAAGGAUCAUGAGAAAUCUUAUGCAGGCCCUUCAGAAGUCGGUCCAGAUCGCUAGACUGUAAACAAGUUUUCUAUACAUAUAUUUGUGUUGAGAUUAUGUGCACUUUCUUGUGUAAUGCAAAUGCUCUUACUUUUUUUAAGUCCAAGAAAAGAAAGUCCUUGUUUCUUGUUCAUUUUUAUGCUUAGUGAUCAGAUGCAAGCAUUUGUUUUGCUUCUACAAAGUUCAAUGCAGAUUAUGGUGAUCUGGGAUUUGUCCAGAAAUAGA